UAUUCAUCUCGCUUAAUCCAUUCCUUCACUUUUCAGUUUUCAGUCUCCUUCCCUCAGAACCGGUUUAAGCAGGCGUGUGAAGAAGAAAAGAAGCCGGUUCAUGAAAUCUGCCAUCUUCUUCUAGUAAUCAACAGCAAUGCCUUUUCUCUUGCAAUCCAUCCACCCUCUUUCUUUAUCCCAUCCGUCAACGACGACUCGGAGAUUUCGGCUCCGCGUUCCGUCUCUUAAACUGCCCAAAGGCAGAUGCAUCUGCGCUGCUGGUGGUAGAAGCGAUGAUGAUUAUCACGCCACUCUCAAAGCUCUCAAAUCCAGAGGCCGCACUCCAAGAAAGUCUCUUGGCCAGCAUUACAUGUUGAGCUCUUCCAUUAACGAGCAGCUUGCCAGUGUAGCUGAAGUUAAAGAUGGAGAUGUUAUCCUUGAAAUUGGGCCUGGAACAGGGUCUUUGACUAACGUCCUUCUAAAUGCUGGUGCAACAGUCAUUGCAGUUGAAAAGGAUCAACACAUGGCCAUGCAUGUAAGGGACCGCUUCGAGGGUACAGAUCGACUGAUGGUUUUGCAAGAGGACUUCACAAAAUGUUACAUUCGUUCCCAUUUGAGCUCCUUGUUAGAAAGUCGAGAGACUGUGGGAAGUGAUUCAAACUAUGCAAAAGUAGUCUCCAAUAUACCUUUCAAUAUAAGCACAGAUGUUGUCAAGCUUCUUCUUCCGAUGGGUGACAUUUUUUCUGAAGUUGUCCUUUUGCUUCAGGAUGAGACUGCUUUACGGUUGGUAGAUGCUUCUUUGGGGACAUCUGAGUACCGGCCCAUAAAUAUUUUUGUGAACUUCUACUCGGAUCCUGAAUACAAAUUCAAGGUCUCAAGGACAAAUUUUUUCCCUCAACCAAAUGUUGAUGCUGCUGUGGUUACAUUCAAACUAAAGCAAGCUGCAAACUAUCCACCAGUUGCUUCAGCUAAAAGUUUCUUUUCAAUGGUAAAUUCUGCCUUCAACGGGAAGCGCAAGAUGCUCCGCAGAUCGCUGCAGCAUACAUGCACUUCUCUUGAGAUUGAAAAAGCUCUCGAGAAUGCAGGCCUGCCAGUUACAUCAAGACCGGGGGAGCUUACUUUAGAUGAUUUUGUGAGAUUGCAUAAUUUAAUUACAAAUGUAUAGUGUACCGAGCCUGCUUGAGAAGAUUGGUUUGUACCACUGCCUCACCACAGGAAUACAGGCACAUCCUUCUAACUCAUUGUUGAAGCUAUGUCAGAUUCAUUCAAUAUCAAUGGUGGAUGAAAGCAGCUAAUCUACACAGCCCAUAUUUAAUUGCUGUGACUGUUUGCACGUAUACCGCAAAAAGAUCAUUGCUAUGGUUUUUGCUCCUGACAGCUUGCUGGCCAAAAAGGGGGAUAAAAAAGAAGAGGAAAAAGAAAGAAAGUGCAUCUCCAUACAUCUUCAUCCGGGAAUCUGGAGCAGGACUGCAGACGUGCUAUCUGUAACAAUACCUUUGCUUUUCUUGGUAUUACCAUAAAAUGUAGUAUUGUAUAUUAGAACUAUGGUACUCUCAAAGAGUAACUCAAUUUUCACUUGAA